ACCUGAUACGUAAUUGAUUGAUUUGUGUGUGGGUGUGUGUGUUAAAAUCAAUGAUGUUUGAGUGGUGAAGGUGGGGAGGAGUAGUAGGCAGCAACAGUCAGAGCGCUGGUGUCAACUAUGACAGUACCGGUAGGAGCGAUUUUACAAAUGUGAGACGAAGUUAAUCUGGAAAUGUUCUGAAGGCGGUACCCUUCGAUUUUUGGGAGGUCUAAUCCCAAUACUGAGGUAUUUGCCAAAAAUAGUGUAGAGAACAACAGUCUGGGUGUGAUUCAUCAUCUGAAGACUGCAGGACCGUGAUGAAGAGAGGGGGUGAAAGAAAGUGUCAUAACUUGAAACGGAGUUGGAGAUAUGCCCGAGACAUCAGGAGCAAAAAUGUGAUGAUAUGACCAUGUGAAAAGAUGGAGGGGAGAGUUCCUCUAUAAAUGCUGCAAUUUACACACAAAUUACAGAGUUGUCAACAGCCUGCUGAACCUGAACAGAAACAAGAUCAAGAACAAGAGCAAGAUCAAGAACAAGAGCAAGAUCAAGAACAAGAGCAAGAUCAAGAACAAGAUCAAGAACAAGAGCAAGAUCAAGAACAAGAGCAAGAACAAGAUCAAGAUCAUGUAAUUGACAUGAAUUGUAGUUGCCCAUAUCCUCUAGAUUUUUGGUUUCAAAUCUCAAGUUACAUUGAUCCAGAAGAUGUGGAAAGAUUUGCAAGAAUCUGUAAGCACUGUGCCAGUAUUGUGAGAUCCGCAUCAUUUUGGUUGUCAUUAUACAAGAGGUUUUAUAGGUCAGAUAUUCCCUUGCCGCCAUAUCUGCAGCCUGCAGCAAUGACUCGGCGACAUGGAUUGAGAACCAGAGUGAUCCGUGCAUUGUAUUUUUUGUAUAUGCCCAUGACUCGCAGGCUUCAGGAUCCUACUCUCUCUGAGUCGAGGCUUCUAGACAAGAUGUGUGUGCAGCAGUGCCACAAGUAUCAUUUUGCAAUUGGGUGUUCUACAUUCAUUUUCAAGUUUCAAGAUGUGAAGCAUAUACCUGUACGAGGACAAGAACCUGUCGAAAAGGAAGAUGAUAUUUAUGCAAAUAGUGAUGAGGGAGCCAUAACAUUAAAGUUGACCUGUUCACAGAUUACAACUCCACCCCUAGUGCUCAUUGGACUGGUACUGCGAAGUAUCACAUUUCCUACUCCUGCAGAUCCAGGUGCCCAUGUGCAAAUUAGUGUGGGUGAUAAUUAUGUUGCAUCACCACCCAAGAUCAGCAUUGUCCUUAACAAAGUGAUUGCUGUACAAAUGACAGACUGGUGGCACCCAUGUUCUCUCACACACACCCAUUCCAGUCAAUCUUGCACCCAUGCUAUGCAGACCCAGAUGAAUUACUGGGUUAAACACAAGUUUGUUUGAAUACAAUGUGUAUGCAUGGGUGUGACAACCCCUUCAGUGUGUGAAAAACAUGGAAGAACUUAGUCUGAAUUCAUUUGUACAUGCCACAAUUUGGGCAAAAAAAGGUUCACUCUGAAGGUACAUAAAUUCUGUGCAUUUGUGUUACUCAGACAAAUUAGCAUGGGUGAUAAUUAUAUUACAUCAUCACAUCCAUUUCAGUUAAUGUUGCAUCCACGCUGUGCACGUGAAUUAUUGGGUUAAUUGCAAGUUUAUUUGAAUGCAAUAUGUAUGCAAAGAUGUGACACGUGGCUCCCACUCAGUGUGUAGAUAAAGUAAUGAAUAAUGAGUGUGUGAAAGGCUUGGAACAAAACGAUCUGAAUUCAUUUGCACGUGCUACAAUUUGGGCACAAAAAAUGUUCAUUCUGCAGGUACAUAAAUUAUGCACAUAUUUGUUACUCAGUCAAAUUAGUGUGGGUGAUAAUUAUAUUGCAUCACCAUUGAAGAUCAGUAUAUCCUUUACAGAGUGAUUACUGUACAAAUGACAACUUGUCAUCCAUAUUUUUCACAUACACGUCCAUUUCAGUCAAUGUUGCACCCAUGUUGUGCAGAUCCAGAUGAAUUAUUGAGUUAAUCACAAGCCUCACACUCAGUGUGUAAAUAAAGUAAUGAAUAAUGAUUAUGUGAAAGGCUUGGAACAAAAUGAUCUGAAUUCAUUUGCACUUGCUACAAUUUGGGCACAAAAAAUGUUCAUCCUGCAGGUACAUAAAUUAUGCUCAUAUGUGUUACUCAAAGUACUGUGGGUGAUAAUUAUAUUGCAUCACCACUCAAGAUCAGCAUAGUCCUUAACAGAGUGAUUACUGUACAAAUGACAGACUGGUGAUCCAUAUUUUUCACAUACACCUCAAUUUCAGUCAAUGUUGCACCCAUGUUGUACAGACCCAGAUGAAUUAUUGGGUUAAUCGCAAGCCUCACACUCAGUGUGUAGAGAAAGUAAUGAAUAUGAUUAUGUGAAAGGCUUGGAACAAAAUGAUCUGAAUUAAUUUGUACAUGCCACAGUUUAGGCACAAAAAUGUUCAUUCUGAAAGUACAUAAAUUAUGCACAUAUGUGUUACUUAGUCAAGCCAUCCCCCUCCCCCCACCCACUCAGUGUGUAGAUAAAGUAGUAAAUAAUGUGCAUGUGAAAGGCUUGGAAUAAAAUGAUCUGGAUUCAUUUGUACAUACCACAAUUUGGGCACCAAAAAUGUUCAUUCUGCAGGUACAUAAAUUCUGCACAUAUGUGUUACUCAGUCAGAUUAGCAUUGGUGAUAAUUGUUGUAUCACCACACAAGAUCAGUAUAGUCCUUAACAAAGUGAUUACUGUACAAAUGACAGACUGGUCAUCCAUGUUUUCCACAUACACAUCCAUUUCAGUAAAGGGUACAGACUCUUAUAAAUUAUUUGGUUAAUCAAAAGUUUAUUUGAAUACAAUAUGUAUGCAUAGGUGUGACACCUGGCCUCCCACUCAGUGUGUAGAUAAAAUAGUGAAUAAUAAGUGUAUGUAAGGCAUGGAACAAACUGAUUUGAAUUCAUUUGUACAUGCCACAGUUUAGGCACAAAAAAUGUUAUUCUGCAGUUACAUAAGUUCUGUGCAUAUGUGUUAUUCAUUUGAGCCACCUCCUCCCAUCCCCCCACCUACUCAAUGUGUAGAUUAAGUAGUGAAUAAUGUGCAUGUGAAAGGCUUGGAAUAAAAUGAUCUGGAUUCAUUUGUACAUACUGCAAUUUGGGCACCAAAAUGUUCAUCUGCAGGUACACAAGUUCUGCAUGUAUGUGUUACUCAGUCAAAUUAGUGUGGGUUAAAAUUAUAUUGCAUCACAUUCAGGAUCAGUAUAGUCCUUAACAAAGUGAUUACUGUACAAGUGACAGACUUGUCAUCCAUGUUUUUCACAUACACAUCCAUUUGAGUCAAUGUUGAACCCAUCCUUUGCAGACCCAGAUUAAUUAUUGGGUUAAUCACAAGUUUAUGUGAAUAAAAUGUGUGUGCGCAAAGGUGUAACACCUGGCUUCCCACUCAGUGUGUAGAUAAAAUAGUGAAUAAUAAGUGUAUGUAAGGCAUGGAACAAACUGAUCUGAAUUUAUUUGUACAUGCCACAGUUUAGGCACAAAAAAUGUUUAUUCUGCAGUUACACAAGUUCUGUGCAUAAGUGUUAUUCAUUCGAGGCACCUCCUCCCCUUCCCCCCACCCACUCAAUGUGUAGAUUAAAUAGUGAAUAAUGUGCAUGUGAAAGGCUUGGAACAAAAUGAUCUGGAUUCAUUUGUACAUGCCACAAUUCGGGCACAAAAAAUGUUCAUUCUGCAAGUACGCAAGUUCUGCACAUAUAUGUUACUCAGUCAAAUUAGUGUGGGUAAUACUUAUAUUGCAUCACCACCCAGGAUAAUCAUAGUCCUUAACAAAGUCAUUAGUGUACAAAUGACAGACUUGUCAUCCAUGUUUUUCACAUACAUAUCGAUUUCAAUCAAUGUUGCACCCAUGUUGUGCAAACCCAGAUGAAUGCAAUGUAUAUGCAAAGGUGCGAUAACUCCCCCCCCCCCCCCCCCCCCCCCCCC